CUGUUUUCUCAGAUAACUGCCAACCCAUUACGGCAGCCUACUGGAUGUAAUCGAGAUUCUCGUUCAGAGUCCGUGUUGUGAUACAGAACAGCUCCAAAUGUCACUCUUUAGAAAUUCCCGCCCCGAUUUGGCUGUCAGUAACUCCCCUCUAGGCGCCGGUUCACUCCUCAUAUUCUCCUCCGGCUGUCAGCGGUGCGCAACGCAGGGCAGCGUUCUCACGAUUGAGAGGCGUUGCGCCCUAGCUCACGAAAACACAUCGAAACGGUCUCGCCUUUGACAUUGACAGUCUGGGGAAGUUUAAACAUUUACCCUGGAUAUCCGUCAGCGCGACAUGGUCAUCAGAGAAAAAAUUCUGACUUGAAAACAAGGAAUGGCUAAGAUGCUGGUGUAGUGCUGCGGUGUCUGACAUUACUUCUUAGGUGCUUUUCUCGUCAGACGUCCACACCUGGUCAAAAACCUAGAGACAAGCUGUUGAGAAACCAGAGGAGAGCAGACGGAAGAGACCUACAGACGGACGGACUCCGCAGAACUGUGGCAUCUGCUAAAUUCAUCGAGGCAGCUCUCACCAGGUGGCCUGUCCCUUUCAGCUGACAAAAAAGAGGAAGAGUGAGCGAGAGAGAGAGAGAGGGAGAGGGCAAAGGAGAGGCCAUCUUAAGCCCACAGGGCUCUGCCAUCUACUGUGGAGAUGUUUUCCCCUGCUGCUUUCAGGCCUAUGAUUAGGCCACUGGGCCCAGUGCUGAGAGACGGGUAGCACUGCUGUUGCCAUGGCUAAUACUGUCAUUAUUCCCGUAAUUGUCGUGCAUUAGUUUAAAACUAGGUAAUUGUGUUUAUUUUAGUUUUUUGUUUUUUGUUUGUUUCUCAUUUUGCCCAUUUAUCUACGGAAGCAGCAGUAGCAGGGUUUGGUAUGCCCCCUUAUUGACAUAAACCCUCCCGAGAGAGGUGCAGCUUUUCCUAUUGUUGGACUGAGAACUCAAAUCUGUGAGAUGGUUAUUUAUUCAUAGGAGUGUUGUCACUGAAAGUGCUUUAAAAAAAAACAAAAAAAAAACAAGAACACAAGAAAAAAAAAAACAUUUUGAUGAAGUCGCUUUAAAAGGAUUUGACAACUUUGACAAGUUAUGGCAGCAACAUAUCGUAUUGUAGUGAGCAGCAUUAACUGCUACAACAGUGUGGUGAUAGACCGUCGGGUGCAGCACACAGUACACUACUGUAAUGGGCCUUGCGGGGCCCUCAAGCACGGACUGAACUGCACAGUGGCCCAUCGGAGCACAUGUGCUGAACUGCUGGAUCUCCCCACGUCCAGCGCUCACACCCCAGGAAUCCAUGAGCCAAUAAACAAAACACUGGAGAAUGGAGGCUCCGGACCUGGAGUCUACUGUGAUGACUAUCACCAGACCUUCCCUGGUCGCCUGAAGAAGGGAUCAGGCAUGCAAAGCUCAGGCAGCCUCAAGGACAUCACAGGAGAGGCCAUCAAUUUGGCCAGUGGCAAGAUGAAGGAGUUCUCCUUCGAGAAAAUCAAGUAUUCCACCAGCCACGUCACCUUCCGGAAGGGCCGCAAAGUGAGACCAGACUCCUUCAGCAGGAGGUCUACUGACCUGGACAUCAUCUACGGCCACUUCAGUGGGAACGACGAAAACUGUCCUCCCUUCGGUCUGGUGCAGAAGUCUGUGAUGGAGGAGCACAAGCUGAGCCGCAGCUCCUCACUGGAGCACAGCCUCAACACGGUUGCCUCGCUUUACCUGAGCAGCCUCUCGGAGGAGAACCUGAUUGCCCGCAUCCUGGAGAAAACCAGGGCGGACAGUGGCGCCUCAGGGGAGGACAUCAAAGCUUGCCUGGACAUUCUGCUCAAAUGCUCUGAGGACCUGAAGAAGUGCACAGACAUCAUCAAGCAGUGUAUCAGGACGAAAUCCACAGGAGGUGACGACGACGACGACUCCAACCCAGACGUUAUUUACAAGAACGUGAUGUCCCGUUUGUCCAGCUAUCUCAAGAGAUUGCCACUGGAGCUUGAGCAGGGGCGGCAGGAGCACAGCGACCUGGCCGAGCUGGUCAGCGCCCUGCACAGCCUGCAGCAGAGUGCCUUCUCUCCUAUCUUUGGCAACGAGCAGCCGCCUCGGUAUGAGGAUGUAGUCCAUUCCCCUCCCCUUUCCAAACCCAGGCCAAGUUCAGCUGCUCCCUCCACCCCCGCCGCGUCCUCUUCUCAGACCGACUGCCAUGAAAUCUCCACUCAGGACUCCAUGGGAAAUGUGAAAGUAACCAAACAGACAUAUGGUGGUCCACAAGCUCGUGCAUCCACUCCCACCAAUGGUGUGCAUCAUGGAGUACCGACGAUCCCCUCAAGCUCACUGCCUUAUGCGAGCAGCCGCCAUGAUGCCUUCUCAUCAACCAAUUCUCUUCUCUCCUGCAGUAGUGACAGCAUCUGUAAGGACACUAUGGAGGCACUGUACAUAGAGGAAGAAGCUGACAUGGGCAGGCUGCCAGAGAGGAGGUCUAGAGAGGAAGGCAAGUACAGUAUGUGCAGUUCAGCAGAGGCGAAACAAUUCCCUAAGAAACCCAGUGGCAUCCCUGAGCCAAGUAGCACCAGCAUGGUGUCAAAUAAAUUACCAGAGGCCAGCAGGAAUGGAGCAUCAUACAAACCAAAGGCUGACUCUGGUGCCAGCCAAAUGUACGCCCCAACUAAGACUGCAAGCAUGGAUUCCAGGACAUUUUCAAAGCCCACUACUCAAACAUCCAGAGGCAGCAGUGAAGACAUUGAUAAGCUGCUAAUGGACUUGGAGUGCCUAUCUCAGAAUAUGCAAAAGGAGCCUCCACUGCCCCCUAAAAUGAAAAAUCAACAGCAGAGACAAGCUGGACAGCAGCAGACAAGCGGAACUCAGACCUUCAGCAGCAGUUGCUCUGGAGCGAACGGCCCAGUUACCUCUAAAUCCCAAGGUUCCUCUCCGGCAGCGCUGUCAAAUGCCAGUGGAGGGCCUAAGGAGGGUGCUGAAGAGGACGAUGGAGAGCUUCUGCUGAGGAUCCUGGAGAGUAUUGAGAGCUUUGCUCAGGAACUGGUGGAGAGUGGUGCCGUCACCGGCACACAGUCCAAAGAGAAGGAGGUGAUGCGUCUCCUCCAGGACACGCUGGCCACCACCACCGCUGCCACUGCCACUACUAGCAACAAAGUAGAAGCCACACCACAGCCAGAACCUGCCGAACCCCCAGCUCCACCUCGGGCUCCCACCCCAGAUCCAGCCCCCGUUCUAGCUCCUGCUCCUCCUUCCAUACCCACAACCACAGCUGCUGCUGCGCCCCGUGGCCCUGCAACAUCAGCCCCUGAGGCGACCGAGACAGGCUGCAGCCUGCUGAUCCAGCAGACCCCUGAAGUCAUCCGGGUACAGAGCAGCAAACCGGAGAAGAAACCUGGCACUCCCCCUCCAGCUCCUACCCAGGCCCCCUCCUCUCCGACCCCGCGCCCUCUCACACCACCUCCUGCCAACAACAUAGUGGUCACUCCCCCUCCCAUCUCCAUAAACAUUCCACGAUUCUAUUUCCCCAAAGGCCUUCCCAAUUGCUCUGCCAACUAUGACGAAGCCAUUGCCAAAAUCGAGGGCGCCUACACCGAGUUUGAGGAGGAGAAAGCAGACAUUUACGAGAUGGGGAAGAUUGCAAAGGCCUGCGGGUGUCCUCUGUACUGGAAAGCGGCCAUGUUCAACGGCGCCGGGGGCGAGAGGACCGGCUUUGUCUCGGUUCACUCUUUCAUCGCAAUGUGGAGAAAGUUACUUCACAUCUGCCAUGAUGAUGCAUCAAAGUUUAUUUACUUGUUAGCCAAACCAGGCUGCAGCUACCUGGAUCAGGAGGACUUCAUCCCGUUGUUACAAGAUAUUGUGGACACCCAUCCAGGGCUCACCUUUUUAAAAGAUGCGCCAGAAUUCCAUUCUCGGUACAUUACAACAGUGAUUCAGCGGAUAUUCUACACGGUGAACCGCUCCUGGACGGGCCGGAUCUCCAUGACUGAGCUGAGGAGGAGUAACUUCCUGCAGACCCUUGCCCUUUUGGAAGAGGAGGCCGAUAUCAACCAGAUCACAGACUACUUCUCCUAUGAACACUUCUAUGUCAUCUACUGUAAAUUCUGGGAGCUGGAUACUGACCAUGACCUCUUCAUUGAUCCCAAGGACUUGGCCAGAUACAAUGAUCAUGCCUCAUCAAACAGAAUCAUCGAGCGACUCUUCUCUGGGGCCGUCACAAGAGGGAACUCGGUGCAACGGGAAGGGCGGAUGAGCUAUGCUGAGUUCGUGUGGUUCCUCAUGUCGGAAGAGGACAAGAAAAAUUCAACGAGCGUGGAGUACUGGUUCCGCUGCAUGGACAUGGACGGAGACGGCGUGCUCUCUAUGUACGAGCUGGAGUACUUAUAUGAGGAGCAGUGCGAGCGCAUGGAGGGCAUGGGCAUCGAGCCGCUCCCCUUCCACGACCUCCUGUGCCAGAUGCUGGACCUGGUCAAGCCAGAGUGCCAAGGUAAAAUAACGUUACGUGACCUUAAACGCUGCAGGAUGGCACACAUAUUCUAUGACACCUUCUUCAACCUUGAGAAGUAUCUGGACCAUGAGCAGAGAGAUCCAUUUGCAGUGCAAAAGGAUUUGGACAGUGACAGUCCAGAGCCGUCCGACUGGGACAAGUAUGCUGCUGAGGAGUAUGAGAUCCUGGUGGCAGAGGAGACAGCCAACGAGCAGCUCCAGGAGGGGUCUUUUGACGAUGACUAUGAAUCUGAUGAGCUCACAGUCUCUUCAGAAAUCGGGAAUAAAAUGGACAAGCUGGUCAUAUCUGACCUCUCAGCAUAAGCUCCAGGGUGUUUGGGCCUGCUCUUUGCGUUCUCAGCUGCAGGAACAAAACAAGGAAUAUAUAUAUAGAGAGAGAGACAGAGAGGGAGGGAUCACCCUGCGCCCUCUCUACUACUGAAAGGGAAUACUGCCUUUUUCUGCAUUUCAAAAAAUGACAUUGUGUGUAUACAUGUACGUGUGUGUGUGUGUGUGUGUGUGUGUGUGUGUGUGUGUGUGUGUGUGUGUGUGUUUGUGUAUGUAUGGGGUUCAGUACAGCUGAUUUCUAAACCAAAAGGCUAUGUUAAGGUUAUGUGCAAUAUGUCUUAACAUAUAGAGCGAAUCACAUUUGACACUUCUCCAGUGAAACAGUCAUUUUCUGAGCCCCCCCCCCCCCAUCCUUAAUACCCCAAACUGCCGGCAGAUGUCAUCCAUCCAUCCAAGACCCAUUUUGUGGGAAAGUGACUGUAGACUGGGCUUAUAAGAAUGAGGGCUUCAGCUGCCACAUGUUCCUGAGGGAGCCAGACGGAGAUGGAGAUACUGUGUUGUGUCUUGUGUCCAGCAGAAGCUCGAGACUCAGCCCCACUCACAAAUCUUUCUAUGUAAUCUUUCAAAAAUGAGUUAUUUUCAGUACUCUGUUGCAGAUGGUGUAGCUGAUGCUAUACGGACAGACUGUGAUAGCACACAGAAACUGGCAUUUGUUUUGUUUUUUGUUUUUGUUUUGUUUUUCUUUGUUUUCUUUGUCAUGUUGGAAGCCUUUCAGAGGGGUAUUUCAAGAACAUGGUUAAGUGACAAACCUGGCUAAGUUAGCUCAGAGUAGGUGGUAAACCUCCCAACAGAAGAGCCAUAUGGUUUCAUUCUCUGAGCCACAGUGCUCUUCUAUUAGGAGGUUUACCACGUAUUCUGGGUUAACUUAGCCAGGUUUGUAACUAAACCACAUACUUGGAAUACCCCUCUGGUGAACAACAGAUGUGAGUGUGUCAGGCACAGUGCCUCUCUGUGGUCAAAAGUCAUACUGCCCAGAGACAGGACAUGGGUCACAUUGGCAAUGGGGAGUAUUUACAGAGUCGUUGUGACUUACAGUGCUUAUGGGAGAAGGCCUGUAAAAAACUAUCGGCCAAAGCUCCGCUAAACAUGGAAGCGUAUAUCAGUAUCUAGUGUACAUUUUGGCUUGUAGACGGGGCUUUGCCUGACACUUUCACUGUUUUAUUUCUAACUCUCCCAGCCAUUCUGAGUUGAAGCCUAUGCUUAGGAUUUGCAAGAGCUAAUAUUGCUGACAACCAGAACUCCAAGUUCAGCCAAGAAUCUUUACUGAAAUAUGAAUGAAUGAAUACUGGCCAUGAGGUCAAGGAGGCUUAUAUAUAUAUCAAAAACAUGUUUGUCUAUGUAUGUAUGUGUGUGUGUGUGUGUGUGUGUGUGUGUGUGUGUGUGUGUGUGUGUGUGUUUAUAUAUAUAUACAUGUUUUAACUUCAGAAUAUGACAGGGAUUCUUUAAGAAAUUGUAUUUGGCUGAAUAAAAAUGAUGAUGGGUGUACCUUAUCACACAUUAUUCACUAGUGUGGUCCUCCAUGGUCACAGACAGUCACACGUCACAUCGUUAUCACACGACUAUUGAAGCGUGAAUAGGCUUAAAGCCGCAGGUGUCACUGCCAUGAACAAAGGUCAUCUCAUCAGUUUUGCUCAGAGAUUCCCUUACUGCAGUGAGUUCCGUAAUCUCUACCUGUGACAAAUACCCGCAACAGUUGUGAUGUGUACGUCACUAUCUGACCAGAGAGCAGUUGCUGCUUGCUCAGCAUUGCCCCCUAGUGGUUUCCCAGAGUUCAUGCCAGAGGAGGACGCUCAAGCUGCUGGCCUCAGGCUGCCAACAUGAUCUGAAUUUGUCCCCCACAUUACCAGAAGUUCCUCUCCAUCGUCUACGUCCUGCCCACCUCUGUGGCAUCUCUGUGGAUGGCAGAUGUCUUCCCUUCAGUCCUGUACUCAAAGACAACCAGAACAUGCUCUCUCUGUGCUGCUCCCACCAGACAGUUUCAGUGUGCACAGUUGUACACAGUGUUUGUUUUUGUAAUUAGUGUAAUAUAUUUAUAUAUGCAAAGUGCAUAGUUUUGCAAGCCAUUGUCAUGUGUGACAGCUAGCUGCCUGUGUACUGUAGUUGAAUUAUUUUUUGACCCUAUAAUAGGACAUUUAUUUUAUAUAGCCUCUGUAAAUGUCUAUUUUAUUUGUUUUGUUUUGUUUUUCCCAUGUGAUCAACUCUGCCACUGAGUGGCAAAGCCAUUUUAAAUUAUGACAUGUCUGUGAUUGCCAGUGUUAUAUUAUGUGCAGUAAACUGAAUCUGUGUGUAAUUUUGUUAUUUUAUUUCUGAGGGAAUUUUUUAUAAAUUCAUUGUAAGGUGACAAUCAACUGGAUACGGCGAUAUCUUUGCAAUGCGUUACUUGCCCUCCUUUAUAGUCUGCAGAUCUGUCAAAGCAAUAAAAACUGCUGUACCAAUCAGGCUAAUUAGAAAAACACAGCCAAAAUCCAAACUUGAAAUUGAAGUUGAAAACCAUGGUCGCGUUCAUUACUGACACAGCCACCUCUAUGCAAAAUCUCACCCUCUGUAUAAAGACCUUGCAGCUAGAGAAUAUGUUUUGAGCAACCCUUUUGAGUGUAAUUCUUUAAUUAUUUCUUUUUUUAUCAUUUCCACUUGUACUUUUUAUUUCAUCUAUGUGUAUGUCUUGCUUGCAUAUGGUCAGGAGUGAUGAGUAGCUGCUCUUGAAGUGCCCUAAUGAAUCAAUUCUUCUAUUAGCAUGACUUAUGACUUUCUUUUCUUUCUUUCCUUCCUCUCCUCCUGUUUUUUUUUUCUUUUUCUCUUUUGAAAUUAUUAAAUUAAAUAAAGACAUAUACGAGCUA